GAUCCACAGGUCCCUGGACCACUGGUAGCAGGUGCCACCUGAUGUUUUGAUGACAUCACGUCACCUGGACAACGGCUGUUGUUGUUGUUUACCCACAACUGUCAGUUGGACCGAGCGGACGGACGUCUACAGGAUCCCAAAGAUGGCGGCUACUGGAGGAAGAAGAGAUGGCGAGAAGGAGAGAGGAGAGAAGAGGGAAGAGGAGAGCGGAGGAAAGAGGAAGAGGGAAGAGGAAAGCGAGGAGGUGAAGGAGAGCGGAAAGAAGAGGAAGGAGGAAGAGGUGAGCGAGGAGGUGAAGAAGAGGAAGAGAGAAGAGGAAAGCGAGGAGGUGAAGAGCAGAGAGAAGAGGAAGGAGGAAGAUGUGAGCGAGGAGGUGAAGAAGAGGAAGAUAGAAGAGGAAAGCAAGGAGGUGGAGAAGACAGGAGUGAAGAGGAAGGAGGAAGAGGUGAGCGAGGAGGUGAAGAAGAGGAAGAGAGAAGAGGAAAGCGAGGAUGUGGAGAAGAGGAGAGGAGAAGAUGCCAGAUUAUUGGAGGAUGAGGAGCCAAGACCAGGCACCAGCCAGGACCCCGGAACAUCAAGCUCCUACCCCAAAUUUAACAUCUAUCACCUCACUGUCCAUCAGGUAUUGGGUAGGGGCAGCUUUGGAGUGCUUGAAGUUUUUUUACCUGCUACCGGAUGGUGCCGGAUACUUCUAUUGCUGUCUAUGUCUGUGGAGGGGAACGCUACCCGACAGUCCAGGCACAGGAGCGGAGGAAAGGAUCAGAGCAGUCAAGCACAUUUUAUUAACAGCAAAAAAGUGGGCCUGGCAUCAGUCCCCGGCCGAAACAACUACGUGGCCAUCAAGGGAAUCACCAAGACAGGGGACAAUGCAGCGACCCUGCAGAGAGAGAGACGGAUCCUCAUGCUGGCCCGAGACUGCCCGUUCCUGUGUCACCUGUAUGCUGCACAGCAGUCUCAGGACCAUGCAUUCUUCAUCACCGAGUACCUGUCCGGCGGCAGCCUGGAGGCUUUACUCAGAAUGUGCAGCUGUCUGAACACCGACAACGUAAGAUUCUACACAGCAGAGAUUGCAUGCGGCCUCCAGUUCCUUCACGGGCAUAACAUCGUCCACCGAGAUAUCAAGCCAGAUAAUAUCAUGCUGGAUAGAGAUGGACACAUCCGCAUCAUAGACCUCGGAGUUGCCCAAGAUGGCGUCACCUCUUCCAACAAGAUCAAAGGAGUGACGGGCACGUUACCAUACAUGGUCCCAGAGGUGCUCCAGAGGAAGAUGUACUAUGCAGCAGUUGACUGGUGGAGCCUGGGGAUUGUUGUAUCCCGGAUGUCAGCAGGACGUUCCCCAUUCUACUUUGGCUGCAACAGAGAAAUGGCUCGCGAUUCCAUCACCAGAGAGAAGCCUAAUAUUCCAUCUUGGCUCCCUGCUGACCUGAAACAUCUGAUCAAGAAACUGCUGCGUAAGAAUCCUGAGAAGCGGCUUGGUGUGAACAGGAACAUCAGAGACCAUCCAUUCUUCACCACCAUCAACUGGGAGGAACUGGAGCAGAAGAGAGCACAGCCGCCAUUUACACCAUUCAAGCCAGCUCUGAAGAAUGGAGACCUGCCGUGGCCAGAGGAAGAGACAGCCCUUCACCCCUUGGAAGGAUUCUCUUUCAUUGCUCCAAGCUGGGCCUGUUAACAUCAGCCCAUGGCCACGGCCCAGAGCUCUGUGCCCCCUGACCCAUGCCUCUGCUGCUGUAUUAGACCUCGGCUUGUCUAUAACAUCCUCUCUAUACCAUCUGAAUGCUGCAGAUUUCCAUCAAGUUGUUACCCUGGAUCUUAGCUCCACAUCCUCCACAGCCUCUGAAGACCCUCUGUACCCCAGGAGCGGCCUGUGCUUGUAACACCUCAGCACAGACCUGGUAAGUAUCACACAUCAUCACACAUACAUUGGGAUCACACACACAUACAGGUAGAUAGAAAUAUACACACAGGUACAUACAUAGAUAGUAUAGACACAGACACACAGACACACACAACAGAUAGCGGUAGAUAUCGGCUUUGAUCCUGGGACUUGUUCCGAUCGCCAUAUUUGGGGUCAGGAAGGAAUUUUUCUCCUUUGAGGACAAUUGGCUCAUUCUUUAAGGGGUUUUUGCCUUCCUUGGGAUCAUUCCAGCCAUAAAUAGGUAACAUAACAUAAUGUACAAAAAAUAAAUGAAUAAUAAUAAUUAAAAAAGUAUUAUAUAUGAAUAUAUAUAUAAAAAAAAAAAAUACAUAAUAGUUUACCAUACUAGAUAGGUCAUGUACUGGCUUUUGAUCCUGGGACUUGUUCCGAUUGCCAUAUUUGGGGUCAGGAAGGAAUUUUCCCCCCUUACAUAAGGAUAAUUGGCUCUUUCCUCAAGGGGGUUUUCGCCUUCCUUUGGAUCAACACAGUAUAUAAAAAAGCUUUGCUUUUACAUUUAUAUAUUACACAUAGCAAAAUAAAACAUAACACAGAUUUCUAAAAUUUGCAGAAUCCCAGUAUCCCCUUCCUGUAACUAUAUAAACGAAAUAAAAUGUCCU